AUGUUCGCCACCCCUGUAGCGGCUUCAUCUGUGUCUUCGUCUGUGUCUUCACAACGCCAACUGCAAGGCCUCGUAACUCGUCGCACGGCUACUGUAGAGCCAAAAAGUGCAGCACAAUAUUUCGGCCAUGUUGCUGACGUCGUGCGUACAAAUGAGGGACUUACGAAGAUGCGAAUAUACAAUCUCAAGCGUCGCGCUAAGGUUGCAUACAAGGGCUAUGAGUCCGUAUUGAGCCGCAAGAAACGACCAAUUAUUGGUAGCAUUAAACCUUUGGUGAACAGUUCAAGACCAGCUCCAUCAACAGCCAUGUUUAAUCCUGCAGCAGUGCUUCAAUUACAAGCUAUGUUACCCAGAGCACAGCCCGUAGCGGUCAAACCAGCGCCUAAAAUCGCAGUAGCGACGUCCAUGUCAUCAGUAAUACCAUCCACUACGUUAGCAAACCCGGCGUCUGGGCAAAUGUCGGCUGCACAAUUUCAACUUCGCCAGCAGCAGACAAAGAACACGCAGCAUCAAGUGCCGAAAAGGUCCGACUUUGUUGUAGGCUCAACAGUUCAUAUACGAAGUACCGCGGAUUUGAUUGCGUGUGGAGCGCGAAAUUUGGCGGGGAAGACGGGACGUGUUGUUGCGGCACCGCAAAUUUACGGUCAAGAGCUUUUUUCCGUCUACAUUGAUGAGCACGAGGCACUAUUCCAAGUUCCAUUUAAUGCGUUGACGCUUACUGCGCGCCCAACGUCCACAAAACAACAGCACACACACAACACGCAGCACAUACAGACACCACAGACUGGUUCUGCAGGACGAUCCGAUUCACACCAGAUGCAAGGACCGCAAAACGCUAAUAUCCAAGCAUCCAGCGGGUCAAAAUCGGCAGACGCUAAAAUGGAACAUUCUUUUCAGCUACAUCGCCUUAUGCAGAAGCAAUACCGUGAGAUCCAAGUACUACAACAACGCUAUGCAGAGUGCAGAGUGAUCAAUCCUUCAGCGUUAUCAGGUAUUCAAAAAGAACUGUCCAAGCUGCGGCUUGUCCAUCUCUCACAGGUGCAAACCCUUAAAAGCAAGCAAUCACUUGAUCGGAUAGGCAAGUAA